AUGAUAGACUCGAGAAGACUCUUAUGGAAACUAUCUCUCAUUGUUUUGGUGGCAGCUGUUUCUAAGGCAGUCUUUGCUGAACCAUCAUCCAUCUCAGGACUAAAGAAUUGUUCAGCUGAUGAUGCUUCAUUAGCUGGCGCAGAGGUUGGAAACAGACGUGAAGCCGCUGAACUAAAACCAAAACCACAACGGGAAGAAGGAAAAGGCCCGGGUAAAGGCGGUGCCAUGAAACCUGAGAAGAAAAAGACUAACAUUGUCGAAAUACCUGAGACGAAAGGUGGUGACGUGCCCCUACAACCUGGUGAUUACAUGGUCAAAGCGCUUGAGGUGAAAGAUGGUGCUUUGGUCGAAGGACCUGAGACGAAGUGGCCCGGUAAAUGGGAGUUAUUCCUCAAGAGCUCUGGCGUAUCCGCGAUGCACGCAAUUCUUAUGCCAGUGAUUAAUAAAGUCCAGUUUUACGACGCAACCAUUUGGAGAAUUUCUGAGAUUAAACUGCCUCAAGGGGUACCUUGCCAUCUUUAUAACCACAAGACUAAUGCAGUCGAUUGUUUUGCUCACUCUGUCCAAGUCGAUAUCAAAACCGGGAACCUCAGGCCUCUCUUGCUUACAACGGAUACAUGGUGUUCCUCGGGAGGUUUAACCGUAAACGGGACUUUGGUAAGCACAGGAGGAUACCAAGGAGGAGCAAACACGGCGAGGUACCUUGCUAGCUGCGACAACUGCGGAUGGGUGGAAUAUCCAAAGGCAUUGGCUGUAAGAAGAUGGUACUCAACACAAGCCACUCUCCCCGAUGGAAAUUUCAUCGUUGUUGGAGGCCGAGACGCUCUCAACUACGAGUAUAUCCUACCCGAAGGAAUGAAUAACAAGAAAAUCUAUGACUCACAACUUCUUAAACAAACAGAUGACCCAGAAGAAAACAAUCUAUACCCAUUUGUUUGGCUCAACACUGAUGGAAACCUCUUCAUUUUCGCCAACUAUCGUUCCAUUCUUCUUAGCCCGAAAACAAACAAAGUGAUCAAAGAAUUCCCUCAACUCCCUGGUGGUACUCGUAACUACCCUGGUUCCGCCUCCUCUGCUCUUCUUCCCAUCCGCCUUUACGUCGAAAAUCCCCCUGUCAUCCCUGCUGAUGUCCUCGUCUGCGGUGGCGCCAGACGAGAUGCAUUCUACCGUGCUCAAUAUAAGAAGAUUUUCGAGGCGGCUUUGAACGACUGUGCAAGGAUGGACAUAAAUAGUGCUAAUCCUGAAUGGAGAACAGAGAUAAUGCCAAUGCCACGAGUCAUGAGUGACACUGUGAUCCUCCCAAAUGGAGAAGUUCUUAUCGUAAAUGGAGCCAGACGUGGAAGCUCUGGCUGGAACUUAGCCAAAGAACCAAAUUAUUCUCCAAUCUUGUACACACCUGACAAGCCUCUAGGCAGUCGUUUCAAAGAACUCGCGGCUACCACUAUCCCCCGAAUGUACCACUCCAUCGCAGUCGCUCUUCCUGACGGUAAAGUUCUUGUUGGUGGUAGCAACACUAACGAUGGUUACCAGUACAAGAACGUUGAGUACCCGACCGAGCUCCGUAUCGAGAAAUUCUCACCUCCUUAUCUCGAUCCAGCUCUUGUCAACGUGAGACCAAAAAUUGUGACAUCCGCUACACCGAAACAAAUCAACUAUGGACAAAUGUUUAACGUGAGGGUCGGCCUUAACCUACCAAAUGUGGUAAAGGAGAAUAUGAUGAUUACAAUGUUGGCACCAUCAUUUACUACUCAUAGUGUAUCAAUGAACAUGAGGUUGCUUUUGUUGGGUAUUGCUGAUGUGAAGUAUCUUCGUGGCAAUCUUCAUCAAGUCCAUGUUGCUGCUCCUACAAGUGGAAACGUUGCUCCUCCUGGUUAUUAUCUUCUCUUUGCGGUCUACAAUGGUGUCCCAAGCGUUGGAGAAUGGAUUCAAAUUGUUUGA